ACCCAGGGGAGGGUGGGGCUGCCCUGGGCUGAGAUGAGGCAGCCUGAACUUGGGGGAUGCAGAGCUGGGAGAGGCGGCUCGUCCAGCCUCCCAGGUGUGAGCUGCAGCAGCCUGAGUCCCUCCUCCUCUCAGCCAGGGCUUCACAGGACACGGCGUGGGGUGGACAUCCUGGCCUCUCCAGCUGGCAGAAGAGCAGAGAGCCCCUCCCCACUGGUCUCAGGGCCUGGGGCCUCAUGGUUGUCCCACUUUGCUAGGUGGCCCCAUUGGUGGUCAGGAAGGGGAAGGCAAGAAGAAGAAGAGGGAGCAGAGGCUCAGGAGGACCAGUCAGCAGGGGCCCUGGGCCUCAUGGGGAGAGGGGGCAACCCCGUGUGGCACUGACAUCUCUUCUUGAGGCCUACUCAGGGCUCUAAGCUGGGUACUGCAUCAGGUUAGGAGACAACAGGGGCAGCACACAUGAGGUGCGCAUGGCACCUGGUGGGCUCUGCAUGGUGGCUCGGGGCUGAUGUGCUUCUGCAGGUCCCCUCUACAGAGAGUGGGUCAGAAAACUGGCCACUCUUCCUUGCCAUGCGGUCCCAGGCUUGGCUCCAGCCCCCUCUUGGUGAUGAGGCUCCUCUUUGCAAAGGCCAGUCCGCUGGGGAGUGGGACCCUGGUGGCCACCCCCAGGAAGGUGGAGUAGGGCAGGCCCCACUGCCUGAGAGCUGAGUGACUUCCAGGAUCCAGACCCCUUCUCAGCCUGCGCAGCACCAGACACCUCGCCCCCCAUCUUGGGGCACAGACUCCUGGUGUCCUCCAGCCACUGGCUGCAGCCGGCAUUCCCAGGCAGACCCCUGUCUUGGGGGCAAAUGCCCCAGAGGCUCCAGGUUACCCACGGGCUCAGGGAUGACUCCCACAGGGUGUUUCCAGGUCCCCGGAGAGUCGAGUAAGGUCCCGGAGCGCACGGCCCUAAGGCCUGGCCGGGGGGCUCGGGAGACAGGGCGUCCCCAGCCGGCCGCCCACCGGCAGCCCGGCGCUGUCACGUUCCAGCCGCCUGACUCAGGCCGCACAGGGCGGGGAGCCGGGAGGCGGUGCCGGCGCCCGCCUCGGCCCCGGAGGCGGCACCAGGAAGCGCCCGCCCCGGCCGGAGCCGCCAUGUAACCGGCGCCGCCCGGAGCCCGAGCCGCGCGGGCCCCAGCGACCCGCCCGCCAUGGGGGACGAAGACGAGGAUGAGAGCUGCGCCGUGGAGCUGCGGAUCACAGAAGCCAACCUGACCGGGCACGAGGAGAAGGUGAGCGUGGAGAACUUCGAGCUGCUCAAGGUGCUGGGCACGGGAGCCUACGGCAAGGUGUUCCUGGUGCGGAAGGCGGGCGGGCACGACGCGGGGAAGCUGUACGCCAUGAAGGUGCUGCGCAAGGCGGCGCUGGUGCAGCGCGCCAAGACGCAGGAGCAUACGCGCACGGAGCGCUCCGUGCUGGAGCUGGUGCGCCAGGCGCCCUUCCUGGUCACGCUGCACUACGCUUUCCAGACGGAUGCCAAGCUGCACCUCAUCCUGGACUAUGUGAGCGGAGGGGAGAUGUUCACCCACCUCUACCAGCGCCAGUACUUCAAGGAAGCUGAGGUGCGCGUGUAUGGGGGUGAGAUCGUGCUGGCCCUGGAACACCUGCACAAGCUCGGCAUCAUUUACCGAGACCUGAAACUGGAGAAUGUGCUGCUGGACUCUGAGGGCCACAUUGUCCUCACGGACUUCGGGCUGAGCAAGGAGUUCCUGACGGAGGAGAAAGAGCGGACCUUCUCCUUCUGCGGCACCAUUGAGUACAUGGCCCCGGAAAUCAUCCGUAGCAAGACGGGGCAUGGCAAGGCUGUGGACUGGUGGAGCCUGGGUAUCUUGCUCUUCGAGCUGCUGACCGGGGCCUCGCCCUUCACCCUGGAGGGUGAGAGGAACACACAGGCUGAGGUGUCUCGACGGAUCCUGAAGUGCUCCCCUCCCUUCCCCCCUCGGAUCGGGCCCGUGGCGCAGGACCUGCUGCAGCGGCUGCUUUGCAAGGAUCCCAAGAAGCGAUUGGGCGCGGGGCCCCAGGGGGCACAGGAAGUCCGGAACCACCCCUUCUUCCAGGGCCUAGAUUGGGCUGCUCUGGCUGCCAGGAAGAUUCCAGCCCCAUUCCGGCCCCAAAUCCGCUCAGAGCUGGAUGUGGGCAACUUUGCAGAGGAAUUCACUCGGCUGGAGCCUGUCUACUCACCCCCUGGCAGCCCCCCACCUGGGGACCCCCGCAUCUUUCAGGGAUACUCCUUUGUGGCACCCUCCAUCCUCUUCGACCACAACAAUGCGGUGAUGACCGAUGUGCUGGAAGCGCCUGGUGCUGGAGACCCGCCAGGUCGGGCAGCGGUGGCCAGGAGCGCUAUGAUGCAGGACUCGCCCUUCUUCCAGCAGUAUGAGCUGGACCUGCGGGAGCCUGCGCUGGGCCAGGGCAGCUUCUCUGUGUGUCGCCGCUGCCGCCAGCGCCAGAGCGGCCAGGAGUUCGCAGUCAAGAUCCUCAGUCGCAGGCUGGAGGCGAAUACGCAGCGCGAAGUGGCUGCCCUGCGCCUGUGCCAGUCACAUCCCAACGUGGUGAAUCUGCACGAGGUGCAUCACGACCAGCUGCACACGUACCUGGUUCUGGAGCUACUGCGGGGUGGGGAGCUGCUGGAGCACAUCCGCAAGAAGCGGCACUUCAGUGAGUCGGAAGCGAGCCAGAUCCUGCGCAGCCUCGUGUCGGCCGUGAGCUUCAUGCACGAGGAGGCAGGCGUGGUGCACCGCGACCUCAAGCCGGAGAACAUUCUGUACGCCGACGACACGCCCGGGGCCCCGGUGAAGAUCAUCGACUUCGGGUUCGCGCGGCUGCGGCCGCAGAGUCCCGGGGUGCCCAUGCAGACGCCCUGCUUCACGCUGCAGUACGCUGCCCCCGAGCUGCUGGCUCAGCAGGGCUACGACGAGUCCUGCGACCUGUGGAGCCUGGGCGUCAUUCUGUACAUGAUGCUGUCGGGGCAGGUCCCCUUCCAGGGGGCCUCUGGCCAGGGCGGGCAGAGCCAGGCGGCUGAGAUCAUGUGCAAAAUCCGCGAGGGGCGCUUCUCCCUUGACGGGGAGGCCUGGCAGGGCGUAUCCGAGGAAGCCAAGGAGCUGGUCCGAGGGCUCCUGACUGUGGACCCCGCCAAGCGGCUGAAGCUCGAGGGACUGCGGGACAGCUCGUGGCUGCAGGACGGCAGCGCGCGCUCCUCGCCCCCGCUCCGGACGCCCGACGUGCUAGAGUCCUCUGGGCCCGCAGUGCGCUCCGGUCUCAACGCCACCUUCAUGGCGUUCAACCGGGGCAAGCGGGAGGGCUUCUUCCUGAAGAGCGUGGAGAACGCACCCCUGGCCAAGCGGCGGAAGCAGAAGCUGCGGAGCGCCACCGCCUCCCGCCGCGGCUCCCCCGCACCAGCCGCCCCGGGUCGAGCCCCCACCGCCGCCAAGGGGGCCCCUCGCCGAGCCAACGGCCCCCUGCCCCCCUCCUAAUCCCCGCCACUGUGACCCCCUUCCCUUAUAGGGGCUGUGACCUGGGAGCUCGGCUCAUUCCCGGAGGCCUCUGCCAGCGGCCGACCUGAUCCCCAAGGGACUGUCCUUCCCUCUCCUACCCCACCCCACUCCCAGAAAGAGCAGAAGUAUUUUUAUAAGCAGAGAAUUUUUUAUGUCUUACCAGAUAGAAAUGCAGGGAAGGGGGGGCCUGCUGGGGAGUGGGGUUUGGGGGGCCCUAUCCCACGACACUGCCUCUUCUGGGCAGAAGGCCCCUCCAGGGGGACUGCUCCAACAGGAAAGGGCCCCUCCCCCACUUCUAAGCACUGAGUUAGGAGUGCUAACUCCUAAACUGGGACCCCCUCCCCUGUUCUCCCCUGAGGCCCCGUUCCUGGGAGGGGCACCCCUCAACUGUCACUUUAUGGACUGUCCGUGCAAUUACGUCCACCAAAGACCUGUGUUGGGGGGACUGAAGGAGGGGCCCUGGGGGACCCCCUGAAGCAUUUCUGCCUCAUUUUAUGUCACCUGCUUCUCCCCUGUUGGGGCUAAGGAAGGAGAUAGGUGGCCCCCAAAAGAGGAGGCCCUCUUCUCACCCACCCCCUCCCCUUUGGCACAGCUACUCCUGGCUGGGGGUGGGGCCUUGGGGGUCUGGGCUGGGCAUCCAUGGUCACUGCCUCAGCCCAUCCAGGCUGUGCCUUUGACUUUAAAAUAAAAGUCCACCCAGUGCUGUGUGUGGCA